UUGCCGUCGCCCUUCCUAGCGGCUCCGUCUCAUCUUGCCCUCGCAUCCCCCGCUAAUCUCGCAACCUUCUGCCUUUACAGACUCUUCGUCGCUCCUGUUGAGUCCGACCUGCCGUGCAAGGUCGGCGAUAAAUCCACUGCCACACGCCACGCCCGCUCUUCCAUUCGGCGUGCCGGCCGUGUCGAAUCGCGGCCCUUUCGUCGGCGCGCCGCCUACCUUCGCGAUAACUUCCCCACUCCCGGUCCCGAACCGAACUCGCGCCCUCGGUAUCCAUGGAUCGAGGACGGCGCGCCCCCGCCCCCCGAGGCCUACGGUGCACCUCCCCCGCGCACCACUCCGCCCAGCGAUGCCGACCGCCAGGCGCCGUCUGACCCGCAAGCCCGCGAGGCUCUACGUGACAUGCGCAACCGCGACUUCGACGCCAGCGAGGCCCGCGAGGCUCGCUUGAUAUCUUUAUUCGGCGAACGCUGGGUUCUGGAGAACAUUCCUCCGUCUCAGAGAAUCCCUAGCCCGCCUCCUCCGCCUGGCGAGCAGCGGCCCUCUAUGUGGGAAGAAAUCGAGCGCCUGUACGACGAUAACUUCCGCGGAUCGCAAGGAUUUGAUAGAGAGACCAGCUCGGCUGAGCGACGAAGGCAGCGCGCCCAGCUGUCUCGUAUGUCAAUGCCUGCGCCCCCUGUAGCUGCUAGAUUCGAUCGUAGCCCUGACCAUCCCGCUCCAGCCCGGCUACCUGGUCGCACAGCUCGGGGCGAGUCCCGCGCCGAGUCCCGUGGCCAGUCUCCCGUUGAACACCGGACGCGGUCACCGCAGGGCUUUUACUUAUCACACAGGGCACGAGGUGUGCGCCCAAGCGACCGUCGGUAUCGUGCCUUCGGCCACCUGGGCGAAAACCCCACCGCAGACGGCCUCGGCGAUCGAAACAGAAGCCUGAGUCCCGACGAAGACGGCGUCUGGGAUACGCUUCUCACCACGCUUACGCCUGAUCCGCAGCCUCCCAGUGCUGGCUCUUCAUUCGCGUCAGCGACGGCCUCGGCAUCUGCCUCUGCGUCUCAGUCUCAGAGCGCCGGAGCUUCGUCUCGCACAUCUCUCACCGGACCUGAAACGGCCGAAGAGACUCUUGAGCAGCCCUGCGAAUCCGGAGUCGAUAACUCAGAUAGCGAAGGCCAGGAAGAUAUGCACAUGGGCAGAGGCUGGCCGGAGCAUUGGACGAUGAACUAUCCCUCCCGGCACCGGCGAUUUGUGUCUGACUUGGAUGCCAACGACCCGAGCAGAAUCUCAUUCGUCAGGGCGGACCGGCCGUUUGUGGGACGCGAAGACAGCGAGAUGCGGCACCGUCGGCGUCUCGAGCUCCUGCGUCACUACCGAAUUGCCACGCGUGACCCGACACCGCUCCCCGAGCUACUGGAUCAUAUUGUGAGAGGCUCCAGCGAGGAAUCUCGUGGCAACGCUGAUCAGGGGAAUGCCGAUGCUGACUCGGCGCCAACUAGCCACAGCCAAACGCCGAACGAUAACGCGCUGCACGGAAUGCAGUUGAUUGUGCGGAACCUCGCCCGAAGGGAAGACAUUCCUGACGAGUGGUGGGCAGGCGCCGGGCUCAGUCGGAACCUGCCCGACGAAUCUUGA